AUGGUAAAAUUCAAACCUUUUUUUAGAUCUGUAGCUGAUCGUUUUGGGAUCAUAAAUAAGAAAUUUAAAAUUAUUGCUUGGCCAAGUCAAGUAAGGGCAGAAGAAAUUGAAAGGGAGUUUAGGGCCAUUAAUGGAUUUCCAGGAAUAAUUGGAGCAAUAGAUGGGUCCCACAUAAGGAUUCUGAAACCAAAAGAAAACCCUAACUCAUACUGCAAUAGGAAGAGCUACCACUCAGUUUUAUUGCAGGGGGUAUGCGACAGCAAAAAAUUAUUCUUGGACGUUUAUGCAGGGGAACCUGGGUCUAUACAUGAUAUGCGUUUAUUUCGAAAGUCAGACCUUAACUCAAGAAUAAGAAAUGGCUCUGUGAUAUUUUCAGAAGAUCAUCAUCUUAUUGCAGACUUGGCAUAUAAGUUGUCACAUUAUUUACUGGUUGGUUUCAAAAAUAAUGUAGUUUUAACCCCUGCCCAAAUUAAUUUCAACAACAAACUGUCACAAUGCAGAGUAGUGAUAGAAAAUGCAUUUGCUCUUCUAAAGGGCAGGUUUCGUGGUUUAAAGUCUUUAGAAACAACUAGAUUGGAUCUAAUCCCACUAAUUAUUGUAUCAGGAACUGUUCUUCAUAAUAUAUGCAUAUUAAAUGGAGAUCUACUGGAAGAUAUUGCAGAUUUACAAGAUUUGGAAGAAGAGAUUUUAAUUGAGGAAAAUGUUUAUGCAGUUGUUGAUGAUGUAAGAGAAGAUUUGCAAGCAGUUCGAAAGAGGAAUAAUAUAAUGAAUGCUCUACUAAUGAAUUAA